CCACUAUUGUCGUGAAAUUGGCGCGUCUCAUGGUAUUCGACAAUCCCCAUCAAAAAUCUAAACCUGUGAUCUGAGUGCUAAGGCUGAUGCGCGGCAUAUCUUGAUUCCGUGAGCCAUCGCUUUUCUUCGCGGCGUCGCUGUUGAAAAAAGUAUCGGUACACGCGGUAAAAACUCAAACUACUCGACUUGAAACAGUUUCAUUAAUUUUCUCACUUUAUACCGACAACUAGGCUUAAGGUUAUUGGUAGAAAUCGUUUAAACUGAGCAUUCGUGCUACGGCAGCGCGUGUUUAUUUUAUCUAUUACAUGUGCACGAUUUUCGAGAAGCCGCGCCAUCUCCCGACCCCGUAUGUAGUGUAGUACGUCUGCUGCAAUGAGUGCUAUGCUCUCUCGAUCCAGCAUUACGGUUAUAAUAUAUUACAAUACGUGAUAUCAUAUAAUACUGUCGAAUGUCGAAAGCAGCACUGAGACAAACCGCAUCCUUAAAGCAUAAGUGUGCAUGCCAGUAAAUAGUAUAACUUGUGGCCAUCGCAAUGUACGAAUCUUAUACGGCGUCCGUAUUCUGUGCCAGUUGUGUCAAAACAUUGCUGUGACUUAGUGAACUCUAAGGGCUGAUGUAAACCAUAUAUAUGUUUAUACGGGUAGCGAUUCAUAUCUACAUGUACAAUUUGUGAUUUCACUGAUUUCAAAUAGAUUCAUUAUUAUCUAUGAGUAUCUGUGGCAGUUCUGCUAGUACCAAAGUAAAAAAUUCUAAUAAUUCAGAUACAAAAAACGAAAUUAUUGUAUCUGAGCAUUUAGAAGUUCAAGAGCCAAAAGAAAAGGAACUUUCUAAAAAUUUAGAAAUUAUUAAAACACCAAAAACUACAGUCUUCAUUUGCCAGAAAGGAUCUCGAGUGUCAUCUGAUCAUAGUUUCUCAAAGUUUAAAUUUAGGGGUGAAUCACGAAAUGAUUUACAAAUGGCUCGAGGAGGAAACAGUGGAACUCGUGGUCGAGGUAGUGGUCACAGAGGAAGAGGUUUCAAACGAGUUCAUUCCAAUGUUGGUGACAGAGAUGGACGUGGAGACAGAUCUAAAUUUCACGAGUCAGUAAAAAAUCAUGAUAAUAGAUAUGAUGAUAAAAGAACUGUUGAAGAUUCUAAAAUUUCCACGUUGUUGAGGCGUUUAGCUCGUGAAGACAACUAUGAUAAUAUUUGGAGUUUAUGUACACAUCUACAAGAAUCAAUUCAAGCUCCUGAAAAUCAAAAAUAUGUUAAAAGAACUCUGGACAAUAUUUGUGAUAGUUUGUUAGAAUUGCUUUAUACUUGUCCUGAUUCAAAUAUCAAGCAAGAAGUUAGCCAUUGUAUAGGUCUGGUUGGCUAUGUGAGUGAAUAUGAAUUCAAACGCUACUUAGAUUGGAUUUUUAAGAAAAUAUCUAAAGAACAAAAAAAUGAAGUCAAAUGCUCCAUAAUGGAAGCUUUCAUUGAAACCUUAGAAGCUAAUCGAAUUAAACCUAAACUCAAGGAUAAUUCUGCAACAAUUAUGCCCAAAUUACUUUCUGUGCUUGAGAUGGUAGAAACUCCUGAACUUCUCAUUGUUACUUGUAAUGCCAUUCUAGAAGUGGUUGACCAGUAUCCAGACUGCUUUGAACAAUUUUUUCAUGAUAUAGUUGAUAUCCUAAUAGGUUGGCAUAUUGAUACAAGUACCUCGAUCGAGAUAGUUCAAUUUUCUAGUGAAACUUUACAACAACUAAAAAGAUAUUGGCUAGCAGAUACUAACUUUACAGAAAAUUUAUUACAUCAAUUUUUUGAAGACAUUCAAAAUUACAGAGAUGAAAUGCUGUCACUUCAAACGGAUAGUACUACCCUUGAUGGAGAGCAAUUAACAGAUAAAGCAGUUAGUAAAGAGCUUAAAGAAAACACUAAAAAAAUGACUAGUGUUUUAUCAGUGGUUAAUACGGUUCUUAAAUGCGUUGAAGAGAAUUUUAAUGCCAUGAAAACACAAUGGUCUUCUCCACAUUCACGAAUUCUCCUUGAUCGUUUGGUUUUAAUGCUUGAAACGGUUAUCAAAGCUCUGCAACUUGAAGAUGAUAAGAAUAAUCCAGAAUUUACAUUAAUUGAUCCUAGUAAAGAAAAUAUUUCCGUUUUAGAGCAUCAAAUGAAACUUUUGAAUAUUUCUGAUGGGACUAUCGAAAAAACAGUUAGUCAACUUAAAAAAAAGGCAAAAAUUGAUCAUAAAGAUGUUAUAAAAAUAAUAGAAAUUUCAAAAGUUAAAAAGAUCGAGAGAAAACGUUUGAAACAAGAUAGUAGUCUGCAUUCUAUUUCAAAAGAAGAAGAGAGCAAAAUUUUGGAAUUGAUUAAAUCAUUAAAUUCGCUCACAAUUGUUCAAAAUUUAUCCAAAGAAAAAGAGCGUUUAGCAGUUGUUGCAAAUGAGUGCGUAUGUCAUUUACUGGUGUAUGUAAAAUAUGAACCUGAAUUUGCAACAACAUUAGACUUAUUGCUUACUUAUAUCUUGUUACAACUAGAACAAAUUGAAACAUGCUGGGACGAUGGAAGGGUUUCAGCUUUUGAGCUAAUUAACAAAAUAAUUCAAGAAUUACCUCUAAAAUUAGAAAAUUCAUUUGUUGAUUUACUUCUUUCAAGUACAUCAGUUAUUUCAAAGCUACGUUUUAGUUCAAAUAAAAAAAUUAAUAAAGAAAUUGUAAAAAUCUACAGUAACUUGCUCAGCUCGACAAAUAUUAUGUUAUCUCAAACCAGUUAUAAUUACAUCUUGGGAGACAUGGAAAAUGCUUACAAUACCCUUAUUCCAAAUUUUGGAACUCUGGUAGCCAAUAAUCCUUUGAAGGAUCAUACAUACUCACGGGAAGAUGCUAAACAUGUGUUGCAGUUUUCAUUGCAAGUUCUCACAAAAUUAACAACAAAAAAAAUAUCCAAUGAAGGUGUCGAAAGUUUGCAGCCAAACAUUUUAUAUGCAAUUUUAGAACUACAACCACAAAAUUCAGUACUAUCAAAAAUAUCUAAGGUUAUUCAUUACGAUUUAUUCGUAUUAAUAUCCUCUCUCUGUAAGACCAAUGUUUACCAAUUACCAGCAGAAAUUAGAAAUUCAUCAGUCGAAAUAGAACUUUUGAAUGAAUACGAUAUCACACAAUUAACUGCUGUUAAAAACUUGAAAAUUACACUUGAUUUAAUUGGUGAAGUUAUGCAAGAUAAAAGUAUAGAGAGCAAGGUGCUUGAUAUAGUUUUCGAUUGGGCUUAUAAUAUUUUAGCGUCAAAAUCGCGAUUAUUAUUUUCACUUACCUCAGAAGACGAGUGCGUUAAAAAAUUCUUCAACAGUGUUGUCGAUAGAGCAUACUACUCAAUGAACCACAAAAAAUCAUCCAAAAUUUGCGAUCUUUUUCGUAUCGUUCUCACCGAUAAAGUGUUUAACUCUUUCAUUGAGGAAGGUGAGAUCUAUAACAAAAUUGUGGAUUUGAUCAUCAUGAAAUGCCAUUCCGGUCAUCAGGAAAAGAAACAGUUUGUGGAAUUGUUGAAGCUUAUAUCUCCGCAUCGUGUAUUUUUGCGGAUGAAAAAUUACGUCUCUUUGAAGAAUAAAAGAAUAUCGAAGAGUACGAUCGGUGAUCACAAUGUUAACGCAUAUUUAAGUGCUCAAAAACUUCUUCGUUACACCAAGCCUACUAUGACCAAGCAACAAUUCAAGUCAUUCAUGAAUUAUAUUUUGCCGUUGAAUCAGUUUGAACCUAAGGGAGUCUGCGAGAUAUUUGCAACAUGCUGGCCAAUUGUAGCGGACACCAAGAUACUGGCUGAGCUUGGCAGCUUUACUUUAGGAAAUUCGUCGCUCAUGCUGCACUGGGCGAUGAACGAAGCAGCCCAGCACUGUAUCUCUAAUAAGUUGCGUACUGUACUUGGUAAGCCACAGGACACUUUUAUGAAUUUCGAGUGCGCACUCAAGGACUUGGCUCGAGAAAUCAGCUGCCCCAGAAAAUCUUUGACCGGAUGUCAAACAAUCACGGACCUCGAGGCCGUUUUAAAGGAGCAGAAGCGGGUGCGCGUGCUGGUGGAAUUCUUCGAACACCUUGAGAAAGCUCUGCACAACGCAACCGAAGGAUGCGCUGUCUCGUUACCACAGGCUGCAAAACCCGUCCAAUCUUUCUUUCGCACCAACGCCUUGACCUGUCGCGAGUGGUUGAAGCGGGUGCGCCUGGCCCUGUGCGUGGUUUCGCUUCACGCCGGCCUCGCAACGCAAGCGCUCCGUAAUGGUUUGCGCGUCUUGGAAGAUCUAAGCGUUACGGCUGAGAGCAACACUGCCGAAUUCGAGCGGGCCGUCGUCUGUGUCGCGCGCGCUCUGGUCAUGCUACGCGAACCCGAAGCCUUGCAAGGAUUAGUAUCAUUCGUUCAGAAAAAUAAUCGUCAAUUCUCAUGGCUGCAAGCUGCCGUAGAAGAUGCAGCCGGUAGAUAUGAGGCUGGAGCCGUUAUUUACAAGUCCGUAUUGGAGACGGAGAUUCUCAAAUGCAGUGGGGAAGAGAAUCCAGAAGUUAAGAACCUCACUGACUCGCAAGUUUCGUCGUUCUGCUUGGAACGAAUAAGUAAGUGUUAUUUGUCUCUCAAUGAUUUCUGCAGCUUGAAUUGUUGGAAGCAGAAGGAAGCAGCUUUACUCGCCGAUCCUUACAAUUGGAACGUCGCUACACCUAGCGUCUCGGAAUCCCAAGCAGCAGCUUUAUACGAGUUUGAUCAGGCAUGCAUUAUUCCUUUGAUAAAUUUGAGCGAGUGGACUAUGCUGGAUCGCAGGAGAAAAACCAAUUGGAGCGUCGCCGAAGUCCAUAGCCAGUGUGAGAAUACCUUGACAAAUGUAGCUUUCAAAGCUUAUUGCAGUGACCGCGUAGAUGAUAGUGACAUAGAAAAAGUUAAACAGUGUCAAACCAUUGCUGCUUUUACGAUGUCGGAAUGUUUGAGAAACGUCCCGGCUGAGUUUCUCGAAGAAGCUACUAUAAUGCUUUGCGCUUCCUCAAAUUUGUUGGACGUUUUCGAUUUCAAUGGCAAACGCAGUAAACACGGUGCUGAGGUACCUCAGCUUUCACAGUGGGACAAUUGGGACAAAUUGAAUCAAGAGUUUAAUUCAGCAUCCUUGAAUCGCUUCCUGUGGUGGACUAAUUAUAUCUACCAGUUCACUCCGAAAGAAUCCGACGUUUAUGUUGAUAAAAUGAGCAAAAUGCGCCUGCAGAUCAUUAAAAGUGCUCGCUUAGAAGGUAAUUAUCAACUUGCGAAACGUGAACUGGCGCGCUUUUUUGCCGUUCGUCACAUUGGUGAAAUUGUUCAAAACGUAUCAACUCAUUAUCUUCCCGAAAAAUACCGAAUUUCUGGCAUGAUCGAGGCUGCAAAAUUAUUAACCGCUCUGGACAAGAAAAACGAUGCCCUGAAGGUCAUCAGUUAUACAGCGACACAAACACUCAUGACUACUAUAGACUUUUACAAGUACUCCAGUGAAAAUGAAAGAGCCAACGACGAAUCUUGGAAAUCACUCAACUCCAACGUUUUGUUGGUGCUGUCCGAUUUAAUUCGAAGCGAUGCCGACGUUGUAAACUGUGAGCAGCUUCAAGAAUUUAUGGUGCUGGAGGGUGAAUAUGGAGACGGAUCGAUAAAUAUGUUGCUGAACAACACAAACGAAAACAUACCAGUGACCGAGGUGACUUAUGGCAAAGUAAUGCGCCUCGGCGCUAAGCUUGAUCCAAAUGUGGCAAAAAUUCAGUCGAACCUCGCCAGCUUUUGUUACGGCUGGGGUCGUAAAAUUGUCGACAAUCCAAGCCACGACAUGCUUUUCGAUGACGACAAACAGCUUAUCCAAGAUCUACUUCCUAUCGAAGCCACCAAAGAAGAGAUCGAGAGCGUGAUUGCUAUUUUGAACAAGAGCAAUCACUUGAGCGUGCUCGAACGCGAAGAAGAAGGCGACAUCAACAGCAGUAAUUUCGAAGCCAUUGACAACAUAGAGAACUCGCUGCGAAGUCUGCCGAUACUAAGCGACGCCAAUUGUGAGAGUCUGUCGCCUUUUAUCGAAAUCUGGGAAAAAGCUAAAGUCCGCAAGUACAAGUUUUACGAGAUGGCCUGCGAAGCCUAUUUCAAAUUCUUACAGUUAAACUCAGACUCGAACACCGUUGGAAACAUCACCGCAACGCUUCGUCUCUUGCGAUUGAUGGUCAAACAUGCUACAGAGCUACAAUCAGUACUCGAAGAAGGCCUCUCGAUAACUGCAACCAAACCCUGGAAAGCCAUCAUUCCGCAAUUGUUUUCGCGCUUGACUCACCCUGAGUGCUACGUGCGACAGCGAGUAUCUGAAUUGUUGCGCCGAGUGGCCGAGAAUUCUCCUCAUCUCAUUACGUUUCCCGCAGUGGUUGGCACCAUAUCCUGCAGUAAACCGAGCAAAUAUCAGGGUUACGACAGCGACGACAGCCAAGAGGGAGAUUUCAUCGAGGAAGAAGAUAAUGACGCCUCGAAUGGAUUUAUGAACGAGUGUUUCACGCAAAUGACCGACUGUUUGAGCAAAAGCCUGCCCGAAUCAAUUCAGCAGGUUCGAAUUUUGGUCAAAGAACUGAGAAGAAUAACACUACUGUGGGAUGAAUUGUGGCUAGCCACGUUUACUCAGCAUCAUGCAGAUUUUUACAAACGUUUUGAACAGCUCGAGCAAGAGAUCCAAAAAGUCCAGGAAAACACUUGGCUCAGUGGAGAGGCUAAAGAACAUCUAAUUGCUGAAAAAUAUCGCAUUAUUGUCAAGCCGAUAAUCUUCGUACUCGAAGAAUUGUACGCUGUAACAACUGCAACUGCUGAAACGCCUCACGAAGUUAGCUUCCAGGAAAAAUAUAACCCAGUAAUGGAAAAACUCAUUGAAAGAUUGAAGAAUCCAAAGAACCCGGCGAAACCGCACGGUUCGAUGAUGCAGUUGAAAUCGCUUGAGAAUAUGCUCGGUCAAAGAUAUCAAAAGCGAAACUUGUAUUCGCUGUCGAUGGCAAAAAUAAGUCCAAUCUUAGCCACGAUGAAAGAUACAUGCAUUACGAUGCCAGGAAUAAUUUCUAACAGAGAAAUUACGAUUAAGUCGGUAGAAGACCUCGUCUCCGUUUUACCCACAAAAACGAAGCCCAAAAAACUCAUCUUCAAAGGAUCAGAUGGACAGAGUUAUACCUACCUUUUCAAGGGCCUGGAAGAUCUACACUUGGACGAGCGCAUAAUGCAAUUCUUGAGUGUAUGUAACACAAUGAUGUCUUCUACCAAUGAUGGAGGCCUUUACCGUGCUCGUCACUAUUCGGUCGUGCCUCUUGGACCCCGCUCGGGGUUGAUUCAGUGGGUCGACGGUGUGACGCCCAUGUUCUCUUUAUACAAGCGAUGGCAGCAGCGAGAAGUGGCUCUCAAACAAACUCCUAUCCAACGACCUACCGAGCUUUUCCAUAAGAAACUCGCUCCUCUUUUACAAGAACGAAAUAUUUCCAUAGAAAACAGAAAAGAAUGGCCAGCUGGAGUCUUGAAGCAAGUCUUGACGGAGCUCAUCAACGAGACUCCCAAGGAUUUGCUAGCUAACGAAAUUUUAUGCAACAGCAGCAAUGCCGGAGGCUGGUGGCAAGCGACCAAAAAUUACACCUACUCUAUGGCCGUAAUGUCUGUCAUCGGUUACAUCAUCGGACUCGGUGAUCGACAUCUUGACAACAUUCUUAUUGAUUUGAACACCGGGGAAGUCGUACACAUCGAUUAUAACAUUUGCUUCGAGAGAGGAAAAAGUCUGCGGAUUCCCGAAAAGGUGCCAUUCAGAUUGACUCAAAAUAUCAAAGCGGCUUUGGGCCCCACGGGUUUGGAGGGCAUGUUCCGUCACGCGUGCGAGCACACAUUGUCGCAGAUGCGUCAAGGCCGAGAGACCCUCUUGACACUCCUCGAAGCUUUCGUGUACGACCCGUUGGUCGACUGGCGUUCGGGCUCUGACACCAGCAUCCUAAGCUACGCAGCGGCCGGUAAAGCUCGUUCCCGUGCCAACGGCACGACUCGCAAGAAGCUCGAGAUCGAGCUCACUCACGCCAUGUUCAAGGUACGCGUGUGCGAGAUGCGCAUUGAAUGGCUAAAUAACAAGGACGAAGUCACGAAAAUUUUCCCGGCUUUGAUCUCGGUAUUGGCAACUUGGAUCGAGACUUACAAUGUCAACAAACAGUGGCAGAACACAAUACAAGAGCGAUACAUGCAGCUAGACCUCGUACAAGAGGCUCAAAAUGCCAAACCUGGCAAGGAGCCCCACCCUCUCUUCACGCUGCUCAAGAGAUACGAUAAUUUUAAAACAGCUAUGGACUCCAAGGAAUUGGCUAUGCAUAAUAUGCGAGAAUUGCAGAAUCUCUACCAGAAACAGAUAAAGAGUCACCGAGAUGCGAUAAAAACUAUCAACAAAUUAGCACUGGAGCUAGCUUCCGUAGAGUUGAGAAAAUUAGAAGAUGAAAUAAUUCCUAAUAUUUUUGAUCAGAUUGAAGAAUUUUUACACAACGCUGGCCAGAGUCAGAUGAUCCAUCAGUGUCAGCAGUCCGAGUUGGAACUUGUGGCUGUGUCACAACAAUUGAUGGGAGUUUUACAUUCCAUCAUCGAUGAUCUUAAUCACUACUCGUCGGUCAUAACAAAUUAUCCAGUUCAAAUCAUCAAGGAGCACCGGACAGUGGUGCACAAGAAUUGGGCAAGUAAAUUGUUGUCAUUACCCUCAGUGAGCACUUGCGAAUUAAUCGAACAAGAAGCUUCGUAUCUUUAUCGUCCUCCUAGCCGUGACGAUAUUGUAACUAAAACCGUGGUCGAAUUUUCUACUCAAAUCAAGGAAUUGAUUGAUGAAAUUGAACAAAAGCAUGUUUACGUUAAGCGACCAUCUCCCAUAAAAAAUUUAAGCUUUGAAAAGUUACAGAAGAAUUAUGAAGUUGCGAGAGAUGAAGCGAUUAAGUACCGCGAGAGUUAUGACGUUUGCAACCGAAGUUUUGAGAGUGCUUUGCUCAUGACUUUCGCUGAAUUAAAUUUACAGUUCUUGAAAUCGGAAGUUGAUGUUAAAUAUGCCAAGUGUUUGGUUAAUCACUCUAUCUCAGGCAACGAUUGGUUCGUAUAUCAGUUGAGUCACGAUGCUUCGUAUGUGUACCACUUGAUAACGCUUGUGAAGAUCGAUCCUCUUUUGGAUCGCCACAUCGAGUGUCUCAAAAAUGUCAAGACAAUGUAUCAACUUUUGCAAGAUUUUCUGCCCCGUUUCUACGUCGAACUACUGCCAAUGACUGCCAAUUUUAUUCCAUCCGCCGAUUCAAGUUUCUUAAAAAUGAUGGAUGAUGUUGAUAAUUAUUUUAAUGAAAUUAAUAUACCAUGCACCGAUCUGUUGCAAAAAUUAGAAGAGCAUUUAUAUUUCACUAUCAAACAAACGAGUAGUCCUCACUCCGACGUGUACGAACAGGUUCUCGCAAUGCGUGUUAAAUUUGAGAAUUCGUUGAUUGUAGAAAAUGUUCCCGAAUUUCUUGUCAAGUUUAAUAAUCUAUUUGUACAUUUGGAUGCAGAAAAGGAAAAUCUUGUUGAAGCAUUCCAUUCUAUCCCAACAAUUCCGAAAAGUUGGGGUAAAAUAGAUAGCCUAGACAGAGCUGAAGAUAUGGCCCCUGUGCAACUUGGAAAAGAAGCUCGCAACGUUCUUAAUAACAUAUUUUUUGUAAAACGCAUAAAAACAAUGAUGGACGUUUUUGACAUAUUUCGUCAUCAGAUGAAAUUAUUCCAAGGCAUAGAUCUUCAACCCGAAUCAGUGAGGCGCUACUUCUUGGGCGAUAACAUCACGGCACCAAUAAGAUCUUUUAUUGGCGACUUUGUCAAACGCUUUGUAUUGGGCACACUAACUGUGUGCUUGAGUGUGGUCAUCAGUAGCUUACUUUUGAGGCAAAAUUCACUGAAAGUAGAGCAAGAGAUCAAAGCUCAAUGGGAAUUAUUGGGUCCUGAUGGAAAAUUAUCUCUCGUAUAUCUUUGCAACUAUGUACACGAUUUGAUUAAUCAUCUUCCAACGGACGAGCGCGAAAUAGAAUUACAACAGCGAGCGAUCAGUCGAGCUCAUCUAGUAAAACUCAAACAGCAUUUUCUGGAAAGGAUAGUAGAAAUCACUGCCACAUCAUGGAAGAGAGUAAUGAAAACCAAAUGGAACGUAAUGAAAAAAAUUAUGACCAUCCAUUACUUCAUGCACGAAGAUCAUUUGCGGUUAUAUAAAAUCACACCGCCCGAGUUCAAUCGUACAGAUUUUAUCAAUGCGCUGCGUUCAAAAGUCAAUGACGUAUCCAGCAUCGCUGUCAAGUUGGACAAAGCUGGCGACCAGCUGUAUCAGUUCAUACAGCAGUCAGUGCAAAGACUCAAAUGGGCUGCAGGGGCUAAUCCAGACGUAAAUAAUAUUAUUAGUCUCUUCGAUAAAACGGUGAAAAAUAGCAACGAAAAGAUGCUUCAACUGAAGAAAAUUUCAGUUGCGGCAACGACAAGAAGCAAUAUAAUUUUACAAUUCGAGUCAUUGAGAUCGAUCAAUCAGCCUGAUACCAUUGCGACUCACGUAACUUUCAUGGACGUUUUAAUGAAGUUCAAAAAGAGUUGCAUGUUGAUUGAAAAUCUGGAUGUCACUGUGACCCCGCUUGAAGUAAGCCUUGUAGAACUGUUACAACUCGGAGCUAACGAGCAAAAGGACAUCGAUGUGGCUUGGCUACGACAAACCGAACAUCUACUUUCCGCGGGUAUUGUUGAAAUCAAGAAAAAUAGUCAAGAAUGCGUCGAGAAUUUAACAUCAGCCGAAUUAUCGCUCAAAGAAAAAUUGGUGUCUUUGCAAAAUGCAAUGGCUGAUCACCAUCGUCUGAUUAAUGAUGUGAGACUACUACUCAAAAGAAUGUCCAAACAAGAGACAAUGCCUGGAUUGAACGAUUUUCUGCAAAAGUAUCGCAGCUACACGGAAAAAUUAUCAACUAGCAUCAAGGAUCUAGACUUGCAAAAAAUCAACUCGGAAUCGGCGUCUGCAUUGAAAGCUGAUUUUGAGGACUUAAACGCCGUCGUACCACAGCUUUACGAUGAGUUACUGCAAUUUGCUGACUUGGCCAACGAAACAACGGAAACGCAGCCCAACAAGCCGAAACUUGUGCGGCAAGACAGCGUGUACUUCAGUCCGCGGCGAGGUGUGCCCGCGAUUAAUCCAGCAACUGGUAAGGCGACUCAGCAACAGAACACUUACGCCCUGAGCGUGUGGCGCAGGAUUCGUGCUAAAUUGGAUGGCCGCGAUCCAAACCCUGCGCGUAAGGUUACGGUAUCCGAACAAAUUGAAUACAUCAUUCGCGAGGCCCUGUCGAUUGAUAAUUUAUCCCAGUUGUAUGAGGGCUGGACACCCUGGGUUUGAGCUACUAUAUGAAGGCGUUAGCUCGCGCUGCGCCGAAAUGGGAUCUCAAGUCUUCGUCAAUGAACAUCAACAUUUAAUAAAUGCAGUCUAUCUCGUCUUUUUCUGCCGUCUUGUUGCCGAAUAAUGUAUCUUCAAAUGUAACUCGAGCACAGGAGAGCUAACAAAAAAUCCAUAAUUACUUCAAUUAUUGUUGACCUGUCUCUCUGUGUUCAACAAAGAGUACCAAUGGAGAGAAAAGGAACGACGCACGACGAGUAACUUAACAAAGUACAUUUACCACGCUAAAAAGUACAUCUUAACUUGCGAGAGUUGAAAUUCUUUCCUCUUUUAAAGAUGGACGAAUAUCAGCUGCUCAAUAAAAUAUUUGAAGAAAAAAAAUGACAAAAAAAGAGAUAGAAAACUUAAGCUCUGAGGAUGAUAAUACUGAUAUAUGAUGAUACGGAAUUAUGAUUUCGACGACGACAUAAAAUAGCCGAGCACGACGCGCGGAUUUCGAAUCUUUAGUGAUCCGUCAGUUUUCUAACACUUCAUUUUUCGUUAUUGGCCAUGUUGAUUCAUUGAUUAUUUGAUUUUGAACUUGAUUAUCUACUUAACCUAUUGAAAAAAUGAAUCAGUUUACUCGAGAAUAUAUAAAGGUAAUAUUUAUCAAUCAAGACUAAUCGCAAAGGAAAAAAUGGCUAAUUAGUUUGUCGGCCGGCUUUAAAUUUAGAGCUACAAAAAAAAUUUUUUUAAAUGGUUUACAGGCAAAUAGUAUAUGGGUUCAUUAAACUUUACAAGAAACCAUGUAUGUAAUGAUCAUUAAGUUUAAAUUAGAUACAUAUUUUUCGUUGCAAAAUUUGAUCGAAAAAAAUUAAUUCAAUACUGUAUGUAAUAGAAUUAUAUUAAAAAAAUUUUAUUUACUUAAAAGAGAUGAUUCACAAUCAUAUAUCACUAAAAUAUAUCUCUAGUAAUUUUAUGGUGAAAUUUUAUUUAUGCGUAAUUGGUGACACGUUCUUUUCUUUUCUGAGCAAAAACAAAUUC